CGUGCCCUCAGCGUUGCAGUAGGCGCCGGGUCUCUGCGCCCUCACCUUCGUCCACCCCUCCAUCAGAUUAUAUCCGCCUCUUCUGCUUACUAGCUGACCUUUGUGAUUCACUAUCACCUAUACACCCUCCUCCAACGAUGGGCCUCGCAGAACGCGAAGACAGGGACUGGUUGAACGCUGCUCGCUGUUUCUUCAACUCGUACAAGGAUGCUCCGGACUUUGACGUGCUGUUGCGCGAGUUGUUGCGGUUGAGCCUUGCAAAUGAUGUAUCUUUCGGCCGCGCGGAAGAUGCGUCGUCGGGGAACGCGGCAAAUUCGUCGUCGGGAAACGCAGCAGAUGCGCCAGGCGCUGACCUGCUGGAGGACUGCUUGACUGCCGUCCUCCCCUUGUGUAAGGCGCCGGAGGUUGAGAACUUCUUGGGCUUGUACUGCACCGUUGCGGACCCUGCCCCCGAUGCCCCUCGGACCUCCCACUUCAUGAACGCCUGCAACGCCGCGCAGCGCGAGCUACAGGAUCUACAGAUCUCCAGCCAUCGAUUCAAGGAUGCAGCGAACAUCCAGAUGCAGCCCAGCGGAUGCGCUAACUACUCAAGAUGCAAGGGCAUGAUGCCAGACGCGGUACUGGUGGCGAAAGCUCUUGGGGAGGAAGUGGCCGUGAAUCCCACAGACAUGGCACAAGCGCCGACCGAUGCGAACGCCAAAACUGUCCCCAAGGGAGCCAACACAGACCCCGUGGACGCCCUCGCGAGCAUCUUCUUCUGCUUCAAGCCUAGCAACAGCUCUACCGACACUGCCCCGGAGUACACAACGAAGGAGUGCACGACGCAGCGGCGAAGUAAGGUCAACGCGCUGCGCGAGUUAGAUACCUACAGCGUCGGCGGUGUCUGUGCUCAUGCCAGUACCCAACGUGGUCGGCAGCUGAAUAUGCGAAUGGGAAAGGUCGCGGCGCAGGUGUUGGCAGCUUCGCCAGAGAUGUUGUGGACCAUGAGCCUGCUGAUUCUAGACAGCAAGGCUCUCGUCUGCUGCAUCGACCGCCAGGGCAUCAUGCACCUCAGCGGAAUUGACAUCAUCGACGACCUCCCUCGCUUCCUCCUGCUGCUCUUCGCUCUUCAAAGGCUUCCGCGAGGCAUGAUGUCGGUGGGGAAUGGUGAACAUUUGGGUGCCGUGCGAGCGGAGAACCGCGGGCUGCAGACUGUCACCGCCGAGCACUUGCAGCCGAUGGUAAAGCUGACGAGCGAGCCGAAGGAGUUCGUGAAGGGUUUCUUCCAGAUUACCGAGGCCCACUAUAAGGCAUGGAUCAAUGGGGUCAAACAUGGCGACCCGACGCUGGAUAACAUGCUGUACCGGAAGGCGUAGAUGCAGAUGUGAAUUGCACGCCAAUCUACUAGUGAUGGAAAAACAGUGCAAUGAGGACUCAACAGAAACGAUGAUUAGCCUCAAUGAAACGGAGGACAGUGGAUCGUGUUUGCUCGACUGAUUGUACAUGGUGAGCCCGGCGCUUGGGGUGUGAGCGCCAGUGUGGUCGCCCGUGGGCAAUGGUGCAUUGCGCUAUGCAUAGGGGUACAUGUGGGUCAUAUAGCGUAGGGGAAAGCAUAGAACAGCGGCGAACGGAGGGCGAUACGAUUAUUUCUGAGAGGAUCAUGAGCAACGAACUUCACGAUGGACGACUCUGUACUCACCAGGAUGAUACCAUCGAAUCUCUGCUUGAACCAAGCCAUCGUGUCCUCCUUCUUGACGCGGUGCUGGAAGCCAAUG